AUGACCGAUAAGAAAAUCUAUUCUGCAAGCACUACUGCCCCCGUCAACAUUGCUGUUGUCAAAUACUGGGGCAAACGCAGCGUAAAGCUCAAUCUUCCUACCAACUCCUCUCUCUCCGUAACCCUCUCCCAAGCCGAUCUAAAGACCCACACAACAGCAGCCUGCAGCAGCACCUUCACUGAGAACUCCCUCUGGCUAAACGGUGAAGCCCAAGACGUCUCAGGAGCCCGGCAAACCGCCUGCUUCCGCGAACUCAAAGCUUUGAGAAAGAAACUCGAGGACGCCAACCCAUCCCUGCCUAAGAUGAGUGAGUACUAUGUUCACGUUGUCUCCGAGAACAACUUCCCAACGGCGGCAGGGCUUGCAUCCUCCGCUGCAGGCUUCGCUGCCUUAGUUCGGGCCAUUGCGGAUUUGUACGAGCUGCCGGAGUCACCGACGGAAUUGUCCAAGAUCGCUAGACAGGGGUCCGGCUCGGCCUGCAGAUCGUUGUUCGGUGGAUAUGUUGCGUGGGAGAUGGGGCAGGCGGUGGACGGGAGUGAUUCGUACGCGGUGGAGGUGGCACCGGCAUCUCACUGGCCGGAAAUGAAAGCCGCUAUUCUCGUCGUGUCUGCUGCGAAGAAGAGCGUUUCCUCCACGGCUGGUAUGCAAGCUACCGUAAACACCUCUGCGCUCUUUACCCAUCGUGCGUGCGACGUUGUUCCCAAGAGGAUGGAGGCUAUGAAGGCUGCUAUUGAGAAUAGGGACUUUGAACAAUUUGCUGCUCACACCAUGGCGGAUUCGAAUCAGUUCCAUGCGGUCUGUCUGGAUACUACACCUCCGAUAUUCUACAUGAAUGACGUCUCCAGGGCUGCUAUUCGUGCUGUUGAAGCGUUAAAUACCCAUGAAGGGAGGGUUGUUGGGGCAUACACUUUUGAUGCGGGUCCAAAUGCGGUCAUAUAUUAUCAGGAGAAAGAUGAGGAGAAGAUCCUGGGAUUUUUGGGGACGUUGUUGGCACCAGAGGUUGCUGAGUGGGCUGGAAAGUACGCAAAAGUUACGCCGGAGGGAUACGAUAAUGGGUCUUUCGAGGCAUUGAAGGAUGGUGUUAGUAGGGUUAUCUUGACCAGGGUUGGAGAAGGACCCAUCAGGACUCAUGAUUCACUGAUUGGAGCUGAUGGGUUGCCGAGAAAGAGGUAGGAUGAUUCCUCGCAUGGUAAACGUAUUUUGUUGCAGUAUUGGGGGGAAGUAGGAUAUCCAUGCAUUUUGGGCAUAUUAGUUAGUCGCUUGAAGGCUAGUUUUCAAUCAGCGAAAUAUAUACUGGGAUCCAUGUAGCCUAGUGGGGUUGGUCUCUAAAAGAUAUAGUACAUGCGCCGUUGUCUGAUGAUCAGCCGGAUAUUAUUGAGGAUGGCGAAAAUGUCAAGGGAGAGCGAGGGCUUUCGGACUUCUCUUUUUUUUUACCCCCCAUUUUCUCCCCGCCCUUCUCCCCAACAGGAAUUUUAAUUUAAUUUACGCCGUCCUUCCA